CCAUUAAAUACAGAAUUCGUGUAAAAAGAAUCACAUACAUAAAUGAUAUUUAUAUUCGUAACACCAUCUUUUCUGUGUUUGCGUGGACCAACUUAUUUCGGGCAAUAAUACGAUGACGGUGUUUCGCUUAUAAAUAGUUUUCGAUGUAUUACGUGCACGUGCAAGGUUGUUUUAACUAUAGAUACGCUGUUUCAAUUCUGAAAAUACCGCAAAAUCCGUUUGUGUAAUUCAAUUGCUUUAAACAAAAGAGGUCUGCGAAAUCUACUUUAAUUGCGACGAAAUGAAUUCCGAAAGGAUGUUUUGAAAUGAACAAAGUAAUUUGAUUUCAAACAAGAGUAGUAAAAAUAUACAAAACUGCGGAAAUCGUAAUAGCUAAAAUAAUCGACCAACAAAACAGGAAAGUUAACAGUUGAAGACGAUUUCAGACUGCUAAAGAGAGCAACACGUGGUUGCAAAACUUCAAUAAAUAAACAUGAAGUUGAUAAAUAUAAUGGCAUUGGAUUCGAUAUUAUCGAAUCCGCGGGAAGAAACUUAUCAGAUUCGCAAAAGUGUGUUGGCACAAUAUUUGAUGCAAUGCAAGAAAGGCUAUCCUUCAACGAAAAUACAAUGUCCAUUCGAUGCUUUUCAUCUAAUUGACGAGGACUAUUUUGAGCAUCACAUCUUAAACUGUGCCAGCAGUGGAAACGUAAAAGAGUUGUAUAAUUUUCAAUCAACAAAUGAAGUUGGAUCAGUUCCUUUGGAAACAGUAAAAGAACUCUCCGUACCUUUAAUGGAAGAUUGGAAGGAGGAAAAUGUUGAAGUGUACAAUCCUUGGGAAAGUACAGAAAAAAGGAACAUCAUACGAUGCUUAUUAGGAGCAACAAAGUCACAGAGAAAACUGUUUAAGUUAACCGAAAGAAGAAGAAUAAAGAAUCUUGAAAAACUUGGUAUAAUAGAUUCAAACUUAACAAAUAAUUUUAAAUAUAAAAAGUUGGGAGACCAUAUAAAAAUCUCAAAUGUUAUGUUGAAUUUAAAAAGAUUAGCUUUAGACGAUUUCGAUACUUUAGUGCAAAAUAUCGAUAUUGGUAAACUCGUUUUAAGCGAUGUUAAUAAUACAGUUAACCAACCAAAGGAAGUGCCAUGUGUUGUCGAAGAGAUAUUAGUACAGAAAUUUAAAAAACAGAUGCUCUGUUAUUUAAAAAAGUAAGUUCCUUUAAAGAAAUCACAGCCAAAGCAUGCAUGGAUGGCAUAAUAAAUCUUUAUACACUAUUUUUGUACUUUCAUAAUACUGUUUCUUAUGAUUUCUAUUUAAAACAAUGUGGUUUAAAUAAAGAGGUAAAAUAAACUUUUUUUUUUU